UAAUGUGGAUUAGUUUAAAGUACCGACCUAGACGUUUAGAGUCUCAUGCGGCUAACGUCUCAACAUGUGAGACAUUCGACUUAUGCAUGCUUACGCCUUGAAUUAUUCGGCUAUUUGUUCUUUAUUUACAAAAACAAAUGUUCUAAUAUAGUUUUAUAUAAAUGCUAUUUUUAUUUUCAGAAAUAUUUGAAGUUAAUAGUAAUUCGUUAGUUUCCCUCUCUUAAAACACUGGUUAUGAAUGCAUCACUCUCAAUUUCUUCACCAACUUCAACGAUGCGCCAGAUUCCAUUUCCCUACCGAUGGCAGAAAAUUACAUGCUCAAAUAGUCAAGAUUGGCUUAGACAAUUGCUCGCUAAAGCUUUGCAACAAUCUCAUAGACGUGUAUGGCAAAUGUGGCCUCUUAGACAACGCCGUCCAACUGUUCGAUGAAAUGCCACAAAGAGAUUUAGCUUCAUGGGCCUCUAUUUUUACUGCACACAACGAAGCUAACAAACACCAAACGACCCUUUCCCUCUUUUCCAACAUGUUUUUGGAUGGUCUUUGGCCGGACCAUUUCGUUUUUGCUAGUAUUGUUAAGGCUUGUGCUAACUUAGGCACUUUGAAAAUUGGCAAACAAGUGCAUGCUCAGUUCUUGAAAUCAGAAUUUUCUCAUGAUGAUGUUGUUAAGUCUUCUAUGGUUGAUAUGUAUGCAAAAUGUGGAUUGCCCGAUAUUGCAAGAACUGUUUUUGACGCUAUCUUGGUUAAGAAUUUGAUUUGUUCAAGUGCAAUGAUAUCGGGGUAUGCACGUGUUGGGAGGAAAGAUGAAGCUUUUGAGCUACUAGGGAAGUUGCCAGUAAAGAAUUUGCAAUGUUGGACUGCUCUGCUAUCUGGGCUCGUGCAAAAUGGGAGCUUGGUUGAUGCCAUUGAUGUAUUUCUUGAAGUAAGAAGAGAGGGUAUCGAUAUGAGGGAUCCAUUUAUUCUUUCAAGUAUAGUAGGAGCUUGUGCUAGCUUAGCAGCAUUACAGCUCGGGAAACAGAUUCAUCGGUUAGUUUUAGGACUUGGGUAUGAAUCCAGUUUAUUCGUUAGUAAUGCCCUUGUGGAUAUGUAUGCAAAAUGUAGCGAUAUCAUGGAAGCAAAGAGAAUAUUUGAUAGCAUGUUGACAAGGGAUGUUGUAUCUUGGACCUCAAUUAUUGUCGGGAUGGCACAGCACGGGCAAGCUAUUGAGGCGUUAUCUUUAUACGAUGAGAUGAUCUUUGCUGGCGUUAAGCCAAAUAAAGUAACUUUUGUUGGAUUAAUCUAUGCUUGUAGUCAUGUUGGAUUAGUAAGCAAAGGUCAGAGUCUUUUUAAAUCCAUGAUUGAAGAUUAUAAGUUAAGUCCUUCUCUGCAGCAUUAUACUUGCUUAUUAGAUCUGUUUAGUCGAUCUGGUCACCUUGAGGACGCCGAGAACCUUCUUAACACAAUGCCAUUUCAGCCUGAUGAAGCUGUUUGGGCUGCUUUAUUGAGUGCUUGUAAGCAACACGGAAAUACUGAAAUAGGAGUUAGGGUUGCCAAUCGCUUACUAAUUCUCGGUCCAAAAGAUCCUUCAACUUGUAUAUUGCUGUCAAAUACAUAUGCUGGUGCAGCUUUAUGGAACGAGGUAUCUAAGUUGAGGAAGCUGCUGGCAAAUUUGGAAGUUAGGAAAGAACCUGGUUACAGUUCUAUUGAUUUGGGAAAAGAAACUACGACAUUCUAUGCUGGAGAGGCAUUGUAUCCAAUGAAGGAUGAGAUAUUUGCUCUCUUAAAGGAGUUUGAUUCUGAGAUGAGGAAGAGAGGUUAUAUUCCUGACACCACGUUCGUUUUGCAUGAUAUGGAGCAGCAAGAGAAGGAAAGGCAGCUUUUUUGGCAUAGUGAGAGAUUGGCUGUGGCUUAUGGACUUCUGAGAACUGUUCCUGGAUCAGUAAUAAGGGUGGUGAAAAACCUUCGAAUUUGUGGUGAUUGCCACACAGUUAUAAAAUUUAUAUCAAGCAUUACAGGUCAUAAAAUUGUCGUUAGAGAUGCAAAUAGAUUCCAUCACUUUGAUAAGGGGAUAUGUUCAUGUAAUGACUUCUGGUGAUUGUGUGUCUUCAACUGUUAAGUAUCUAUUUUCCUCAUACUUGGUAAGGUGCACACUGUUCGACAACCAUCUAACCAUCCUUGAGAGCUUUCAAGAUUCGAUAUAGCUGUGCUUAACGAUCAAACGCUCGUGCUGAGUCUUUUCUUGCUCUCAGGAAUUUCGGUGCACGUUCUUCAGACACGAUCUUGAUUCACUAUGAAGAGAAAUUCUUUACACUUGGUAGACACAAUGGUGAUGGUGGUGAUCAGGCUUUGUUAAACCCUUAUGGUAAUACAUUGCUUUGAACUUUUCAUAAUACACCAUUUUCCUGUGUUUUCUUUAGCAUUGGAGAUGGAAAAGAAUGGACAAAGGGAAAUGUAAUUAUCACAGAUAGCAUAGUCUCCUUUAUGA